AUGGAUGAUUUGAAGCUGUUAGGUAAAACAAAAAGUGAACUGAAUUCACUAAUUGAAAGCACAAAAGAAUUUAGCCAGGACAUCAGCAUGCACUUUGGAAUUGACAAAUGUGCAAUGGCAAUCAAAGCAGGAAAGGUCAUAGAAGAUGAUGGAAUAGAACUUGAAAAUGAAGAAAUGAUAAAGGCAAUGAAACCAGAAGAAGGCUAUAAGUAUUUAGGGAUUUUAGAAGCCUCUGAUUUAAUACAUAAUAGAGUCCAGAGAAGUGAAGAGCCAAUGAUUAAGGAAAUUCUGAGAAGAGCAGAUAAAAAUGAUGAUGGCAAAUUGUCCUUUGAUGAAUUUAAGGCCUACUUUGAGGAUGGAAUCCUGAGUAUAGAGGAGCUUCACCAGCUGUUUCAGAAGAUUGACAUACACAAUACAGACAACUUGGAAACGGAAGAAUUGUUUGAAUAUUUUUCCCAGCACCUGGGAGCUUAUGAAAGCGUCCUAUCUGCUUUGGAAGAUCUCAAUGUAGCAAUACUGAAGGCAAUGGAUGCUACAAAGAAAAAUUAUCAAGAAGCUUCUACUUUGGAACAAUUUGUAACUCGCUUCUUGUUAAAAGAAACUCUGAAUCAACUGCAAUCUCUACAUAAUUCCCUGGAAUGCGCCAUGGAAACCACAGAAGAACAAACCCAACAAGAGCAGCAAGUCCCAAAGAAGCCAGAGGUGCUCAAAAUACAACAUCCAGGAAGACGUUCAGGUCGAAGGCUCAAGAGAAAUAAUAGUUUUUCUCCACUUAGUCCUCUUUUGAACCCAGGUUUGCAUAAGGAGGACAACCAGUGGAUGACCCAAAUAAACAGACUUCAGAAGCUGAUUGAUAAGCUAGAACAGAAGGACCUAAAGCUUGAGCCACUAGAAGAGGUUUCAGAAGGAAAUACUAAAUCUCAAAUAAUGAUUGUUCAGCGUCAGAUGUCAGUAAUCACAGAAGAACUAGAGUCGUUCCGCUUUGCUCUAAAGCAGUAUGUAGAUAUGGCCUCUUCUCAGGAUGGAUGCCUGCAUGUUUCUAUCCAGAAACUUUCAGGCAAAUCCUGUUUCAUUGUUUAUGAAUUUUGGGAAAAUAAUGCCUGGAACAGUCAUCUCCAGAUGAAUUAUAGCAAGUCAUUCCAAAGAAGUAAUGUAGAUUGCCUGGAGACUCCAGAAAACAUUACAACUAUGCUUGUUCCUGCUUCUUGGUGCAUCCUGAACAACUAGAAGUACAUACUUCUUAAAAAUAGGCUUUACA